AUGGUGAGCUCCAUCUCCACCAAGAACCUGGAGCUCUGUGAGGUUCUUCACCGUGUGGUGAGCUCCAUCUCCACCAAGAACCUGGAGAUCCAUGUGGUUCUUCACUGUGUGGUGGGCUCCAUCUCCACCAAGAACCUGGAGCUCUGUGAGGUUCUUCACCGUGUGGUGAGCUCCAUCUCCACCAAGAACCUGGAGAUCCAUGUGGUUCUUCACUGUAUGGUGAGCUCCAUCUCCACCAAGAGCCAGGAGAUCCCUGAGGUUCUCCACCAUGUGGUGAGCUCCAUCUCCACCAAGAGCCAGGAGAUCCGUGAGGUUCUCCAACUUCACCACGUGGUGAGGUCCAUCUCCACCAAGAGCCAGGAGAUCCCUGAGGUUCUCCACCUUGUGGGUCCACCAUCAACUCCUGGAGCCCUUCUGGGGUCCAUCACCUCCUCCUGGACCCAUCUUGGCCCUCAUCAUCUCCCCCAGCUUCUCCUGGACCUGUUUUGGUGCCCUUCCCCUCCUCCAGAUCCUGCCCAACCCCUCUUGGUGGCCCAAAUCUCCUCCUGGACCCCCUUUGGCAUCCACCAUCUCCUCCUGGUCCUGCAAAACCCACCCAGGACAGCUCUGCUUGACCCUUCUGGACCCAUCCUGGUGUCCAUCACCUCCUCCUGGACCCAUCCUGGUGUCCAUCAUCUUCUAUUUCUCCUGGACCCAUCCUGGUGUCCAUCAGCUCCUCCUGGACCCAUCCUGGUGUCCAUCAUCUUCUAUUUCUCCUGGACCCAUCCUGGUGUCCAUCACCUCCUUCUGCUCCUGCUGAACACACGCUGCUGUUCAUCAUCUUCUCCAAGUCCUUCACGUCUCUCCUUGGUGUCCAUCUCCUCCUGCUCCUGCUGGACCCAUCCUGGUGUCCAUCAUCUUCUCCAGGAGCCACCUGGGCACCCGUCUCCACCUGGUCCUGCCCAGCCCACCUCGGUGUCCUCGGUGUCCUCCAGGACCCAUCCUGGUGUCCUGAUCUCCUCCUGGACCCACCUUGGUGGCCCCCAUCUCCUCCAGGUCCAACCUUGGUGCCCCCAGAUCUCCACCUGGUCCUGCCCAACCCACCUGGGCACCAUCAUCUGCUCCAGAUCCCACCUGAGCACCCCCCAAAUCCCUCCAGCUCCUCCUGGUCGCCCCAGAUGUCCACCAAGUCCCACCUUGGUGACCCCAACCAACCUUGGUGCCUCCACCUCUUCCAGGUUUCACCUUGGUGACCCCAAAUCUCCUCCAGCUCCAACCUUGGUUCCCCCCGAUCUCCUCCAGGUCACCUUGGUGCCCUCAACCUUCUUCAGGACCAACCUUGGUGCCCCCAGUCUUCUUCAGGACACCAUCAUCUACUCCAGGCCCAUCUGAGCACCACCCAACUUCCACCAGGUCCUCCAGGACCCACCUUGGUGCCCCCCAACUUUCAGCAGGUCCCACCUUGGUGCCCCCACCUCUUCAGGUCCCCCAGGUCCCACCUUGGUGACCCCAAAUCUCCACCGGGUUUCACCUUGGUGGCCCCCAACUUCCAGCAGGACCUCCUUGGUGCCCCCAACUUCCAGGUCCCACCGUGGUGCUCCCGAAUCUCCUCCAGGUCCUUCACGUCCCACCCUGAUGGACCCCAACCUCUUCCAGGUCCUACCUUGGUGCCCCUCAAUCUCUACCAGGAUCCAUCUUGGUGACCCCACCUCUUCCAGGUCCCACCUCGGUGACCCCAAAUCUCUUCCAGGUUUGACCUUGGUGACCCCAAAUCUUCUCCAGAUCCCACCUUGGUGACCCCAACUUCCAGCAGGACCUUCUUGGUGCCCCCACCACUUCCAGGUCCCACCUUGGUGUCCCCAAAUCUCCAGAUCCUCCAGGACCCACCUGGGCACCAUCACCUGCUCCAGUUUCCACCUUGGAAAGACCCCAGAUCUCCUCCAGGUCCCACCUCGGUGCUCCCAAAUCUUCUCCAGGGUCUCCAUGUCCCACCCUGAUGGACCCCAACCUCUUCCAGGUCCCACCUCAGUGACCCCAAAUCUCUUCCAGGUCCCACCUUGGUGACCCCAACCUCCAGCAGGACCCACCUUGGUGCCCCUCAAUCUUCUUCUGAUACUCCAGGUCCCACCUUGGUGACCCCAAAUCUCCUCCAGGUCCCACCUUGGUGACCCCCAACUUCCAGCAGGACCUUCUUGGUGCCCCCACCACUUCCAGGCCCCACCUUGGUGCUCCCAAAUCUCCUCCAGGUCCUCCACAUCCCACUCUGAUGGACCCCCCCAGUUUCCACCAGGACCCACCUUGGUGCCCCUCAAUCUCCUUCAGAUCCUCCAGCUUCCACUUUGGUGACCCCCAAAUCUCCUCAAGGUCCCACCUUGGUGACCCCAAAUCUCCUCAAGGUCCCGCCUUGGUGACCCCAAAUCUUCUCCAGGUCCCACCUUGGUGACCCCCAAAUCUCCUCCAGGUUCCACCUUGGUGGCCCCCAAAUCUCCUCAAGGUCCCACCUUGGUGACCCCCAAUGUCCAUCAGGUCCUCCAAAGUGGAGAGGUCCCCAAGGCCGGGGGGGGGGGUCCCCAAAAUUGAGGGGUCCCCACAGUGGGGGGGAGGGGGGCCCCAAGAUCCUGGGAUGGUCUCAAAGUUGGGGGGGGUCCCAUGGAGGAGGUCCCCAAGACCUUGUGAGGGUCCCCAAGGUGGGAGGGGGUCCCCAAAAUGGGGGGGUCCCCUGGGUGAUGUCCCCAAAAUGGGGAUGGGGGGGUCACCAAGGCUGGUGGGUCCCCUAAAUGGGACGUCCAUGGAAGGGGUCCCCAAAAUGGUGUGGUGGCCCAAAGCCUGGGGGGUCCCCGAAGUGGAGAAGGUCCCCAAAACUGGGGGGGCAUCACCAAGGUGGAGAAGGUCCCCAAAAGGGGCAGGGGUCCCAUAGAGGGGGUCCCCAAAAUGGGGAUGGUCACCAAAGCCUGGGGACGUCCCCAAAGUGGAGAAGGUCCCCAAAAUGGAGGGGGUCACCAAGGUGGGGACAGUCCUCCAAAUGGGGGGAUCCAUUCUGGGGGUCCCCAUGGGUGAGGUCUCCAAAAUGGGGGGGUCCCCAAGAUGGAGAAGGUCCCCAAAAUGGGAGGUCCCAUGGAGGAGGUCCCAAAAAUGGGAGUGGUCCCCAAAAUUGGGGGUCCCCAAGGUGGAGAAGGUCCCCAAAAUGGGAGGUCCCAUGGAGAAGGUCACCAAGGUGGGGACAGUCCCCA